AUGUUGGAAGACAAGAACAUAAAACAAUUUCCAGUCACAUAUAAAGCAAACAAGUCAGCUUGGAUGACAUCGCAGUUCUUUGAAGAAGUUAGAAAAUGGGAUGCUGAAUUAAAGGGAUGGAAAAUCUUACUUCUGGUAGACAAUAAUUGCUCUGCUCACCCUUUUAUAACCAAUCUUCGAACCAUAGAGUUAGCAUUUUUCCCAGCAAAUACAAUCAGUAUCUUGCAGCCGAUGGAUCAGAGUGUGAUUAAAAGUCUAAAGGGUCACUGUAGAAGGAAAUUGUUGAUGGAACUGAUCGAAACUGACGGCAAGACCUCGAUUAAUAUACUACACGCAGUAAAUUUCAUAUCGAAAGCCUGGAAAGAGAUUAAACAGUUCAGCAUACAACCGAAUCAUUACUGCGAAGAUUUACAAACAUACAAAAAUAUAGAUCAGGACCUGGCCACAACCGCUUCACUCACUGAUGAAGACAUUAUUGAUUCAGUGUCAAAAAGUAAAGAGGAACCAAAUGAAGAUAAUGAAGGUGAUCCAGUGGACGAUUCUGAACCAUCACCAACUGUUCAACAAGCACUUGAUGCUGCCAAACUCAUCGAAAAAUUCUUAUUGUUUCAUGAAAAUGAUUCCACCACAUCCCAAGACAUGCAUAAAAUACUUAAGAAAAUACAAAACAAAUAUUGGCAUAGCAAAAAACGUCAGGCAAAGUUAACAGAAUAUAUGUGUUUGGAAUAA